UUUAUAUGGUCAGGCAGAUGAAAUCUCCCUCAUGUAUUUUUGAUCUAGGCUUUGAGCCCUUCCUUCUUAAAAAUUCACUCCAUUUGCCAAACAUUAGUUUUACUCCAUAACCCAUAUUUCAAUCCAUUUUUUUGGAAACCAAAAAGCUUCAAAAUGGAUCCAAUCAAGCUUGAAAAGAUUAAGGCAAUCAACAAAUACAGAAGGAAUCAGCUUUUGAAGAAUUUAUUCUUCCAUUCCUUGACAGCAAUAGCAAGUCUAUACUUGUUGAGCCCUCUAUGGCUUCCCCCCAUAACUUCUUCAAUGGAGGUCAUAUUAUUUGUCUAUGUCCCAAAACUCCCUUCACUCUUUUUCAGCUCCAAAUUUGUUUUCAUAGUGGGAAACCUCAUUAUUGUUGCCCUUAUUGGAGAGUCCAAAAUCUUUUCCUCAGAAAAGUCUUCUCCAACUACCACUACUGAUCACUCUUACUAUGAAGAGUACAUAAGCACCAGUGCUAAGCAAAUUAAACACCUGCAAGCUUUAGUUCCUCAUGAGGAAAACAGACUAAUAUGCAUAGGAGAGCAGAAAAAAAUGAUCACUUGGGAAAAGGUAGAUGAUGGUGAGAAAGGGGUUGUAGUUGUGGAGAAAAAGUUGGAGGAUUUUCAUGUUGGUGAGGUUAUAACUUUGCCUAAUGAGGAUUUGAAGAAAAGGGCUGAUGAUUUUAUUGCAAGGGUCAACAAACAAAGGGUCUUUGAAGCUAGAGAAAUGCUUUGUGAUGUUGAAUUAAUGGACUUAUAGGAUGCAUAUAUGAAGGGGGAAGAAGAUAAUCCUAUGUUAUAUGUAAAAUAAUGUGUUUUAUUGGAGAAAAUCCAUUAGUACUGUAGAUUAGUUGUAGGGGUUUUUUUUUCAUUGGUGUUUCAUGGCUGGUUUUGCAAUUACAGGUGGUGGUAAACCAGUCAUGUCACUUGUGAUGUAAUAUCUUUGGUAAUUAUAUAUAUGGAUAUAUGCAUAUAUACUAAUAUAUUUAUAUAUAUUUGAAGAAGUGUGUGUUUUCUCUUUCUUGGAGAAUAAAAGGGUUUACCAAGAGACUAAAAAAAACCAAAAUAUGGAUAGAUUAUUUGAACUCCUUUUAAGAAAA